GUGCAUGACAGUGACGCUAAUUUCUGAUAACUGCACAGCCUGUGAAGUUAAGCUUUCUGCCAUCUAAAAACAUGAUUCUAUUAUUGAUUAUUCUGCUGUUGUCCUUGUUCGGAAAGGGUGCAAGCUACACUAGCUACACGGGUGGAAGCUACAUUAGCUACACUUGUGACGAUCGCUUAUGUCGUAGAGGUUGUAUAAACGAGGGAUCCGCAACUGGAAAAUGCGUAUUGAUACCAUUGCUUGGGGACUUGUGCAGAUGUAUGGAUAAGAAGUGACCAUGUAUGCUUCUUCAAUGCCACAUUCACUUCAAAUGUUUUGAAACGGUGUG